AUGGAUAAUGAAAUCUUUAUUGUCCGAGGUGGUGACGAUGAUGACAUUUUGAACAAAGAAAUUCAUUUGAAACACGGAAAACUUCAUCAUCAUCAUCAUCACGAUGAGAAAAAGGAAAAUGGCGGAGGUGGUGGUGGCGGUGGGGGCGGGGGCGGGGGCGAAGAUGACGACGACGACGAUUCCGAUCACGUGAUUUUCAGAUACAAAUGGUUGGAAGAUGACAUAAUUAAAUCGGAAAAAGAAUUCGAAGGAGUAGAAGAUGACGAAUAUCCGGAUACGGGUAAAAAAGUUAAACUUCCCGGAGGAUGCGAACUCACCGAAGAUCAAUAUUACGAAUUGGAAUCCUUUAAAAAGGAAACCAAUUACGUUAAAAAAUGUUAUUGCGAAAACGGCGGAGUUUAUUGUCAAAUUCACAGAUCUCUUUUCAAACACAAAAUCGUUUAA